UUGGGCGGGUGUGCUGCUCAAGUAUCCUCGAAGAAUUAGUGUAAAAUCCUUGUUUUUAGUGAUGUGUGCAAUCUAAAAGUGAUUCUCAGAUCCUUGUGAAGUACCAAAGAUGCAAAUUUCAACAAUCUACUUAGUGCAACUGUCGGCUUUUCUCUUCAGUCUUGGAAUCUUCCUUCAUGGCUUCUUCCCACUUUCCUUCUCUUCCACUGAAAAGGCAGAUUUUCAGGACUUUCCCAGGCAUAUCGAUGAAGUCCAAUUGGAUCGGAGUCAGUACAGAGCGAGAUUCUCCCGGACAACAAUUAUGCUUAUUGAUGCCCUGCGUCUGGAUUUUGUCCAGCAGCAGGAAAAUAUGCCUCAUCUGAGGAAAUUAUUGGUGAAUGGAGAAGCCUGUUUACUCAGGCUACACGUUCAGCCACCAACAGUGACGAUGCCACGAAUAAAAGCCCUGACUUCUGGCACUAUUCCCAGUUUUAUCGAUGUCAUCCUCAAUUUGGGCAGUUCUGAGGUCAAAACAGAUACUUUUCUGCAGCAGAUAGGAUCCUCAGGCGGUAAAUUGGUAUUCUAUGGGGAUAGUACUUGGACUAGGAUGUUUCCGAAGGUAUUUUCACGCAAGGGUGAAAAUCAGGAUCCACUGUUUGUCAAUGAUUUCUACGAAGGAGACAAGAAUGUAACCAAACAUCUGACCAGUGAACUUAAAUAUCCCGAUUGGAAGAUGAUGAUCCUCCAUUACCUUGGACUGGAUCACAUUGGUCACGCUGAGGGUCCUUUUAGCAAGAAAGUUCCUGGAAAAUUGAAGGAAAUGGACGAAGUUGUCAAGAAGAUUGUCUUCGAAAUGACUCGUUGGAAUGCCAACACUUAUCUACCGUCUCUCUUAAUUGUCACUGGGGAUCAUGGGAUGAGAGACACAGGAGGACACGGUGGAAGUUCUCAUCCUGAAGUUACAGUUCCUCUUCUGGUGAUUGGAACAAAUUGCUCAACAUCCAAAACCAUGCACAAUCAGAUUGAUUUUGCAGCUACGCUGUCAGUUCUCCUGGGAAUCCCAAUUCCUGCUUCAAGUAUUGGAAAUAUUAUUCCCGAGAUGCUAGUGGAUUUAUCCGAGGAGGAUCAAUUGCUAGCGCUUGCCUACAAUGGCGAGAGACUCCUCCAGAAAGUUCGUUUUGAGAGUUUUGAGGGAGAUUUCGAGAGCAGGGAAUUCUUUUUGCAGCACCAAGAAGCCAAGGAGCUGCACAAAAACUUCCUGAAGAUGAAGCAAAUUGGUGAUGAGGUGAAUAUGUCACUCUUCAAGCGUGCCAAACUCUUCUAUUUGUCCUCAGCUCGGGAGAUGUCCAAUCUCCUGGCCAGGAAUUUUGUCAAGUAUGACCAUUGGAGCAUUUCUCUUGGACUCUUCAUGACUUCCUUGAUUGCAAUUUCCAGUGUCUCAUUGGUUCUCCAUCGAAGGGAUUCACUGAGCAUUGACUGGAAUUCCUACAAUAUCUUCUUCAUCUUGUUCGGAACACUCUGCCUCAAACACUUGCCCAGAAAAUUUCUCACCGUUGAAUCUUCCCUCUGUUCUUCUGGAUUCCUCGGGAAUAUCAUCAUCCUCAUCACGAUAGUCAUUGUGAGGAUCAACGUCAAAAUAAUCAUUGAUUGCGUGAAGAACAGGGAGUCUCCGUGGAUGCCAAAGAUGGACAAAAUUCAUCUUUUCAUGCUGUUCUGCACAAUUUUCCAUGCAGCGUCCUAUGCUAGUAGUUCCUUUAUCGAGGAGGAGCAUCAACUGUGGUACUACUUCGGAAACACUCUAUUUAUCCUGCUCUUCCUGGCUGAUUUGAAACGUUUCCGGGGGAUUUCCCUCAAUGCCCAGAUAACCCAAGAAGACAAAGAGAAAAACACUGCAGAUUUUUCCCAACUCCAAGAUCUCCAUGGAGUUGUCAUAAAAUACUUCAGCUUAUUCCUGAGUCACAUAAUCCUCCGCAGGCUCAAUCAAACUGGCGAUAAGUGGCUCAAUGUACCAGACAUUGGGGAUUGGUUCGUCAGGGAAGAGAAUAAAAUUUCUCUCAGUUGGUUCUUUAUCAUCACAUUAAUCCUGACCCUGGUAGUUUGUGCUCAAUUCACGGGAUUUCUCACAAAUAUUCUCACCUUCACGGCAAUCCUCCUCAUCUACUAUUCCCGGUCAGUUUCUGGCCAGGUGUACCUCUUCAGUGUGUCAGAGAGUGACUCAAGUGCAUCCUUAAUCCUCUUCUGGGUCAAUCUGGCAGAGAUUGCCGCAAUCAAUUAUUUGCCAAUCUUGUACAGGAGAUUUAUCCAGAGGAAGUGUCUGCAGCAGGAUGGAUUUGUGUGGAUUGGAGCUGGCAUAACGAUUUUUACUUUGAUCUCUUGCCUUCUCCAUAAGCCUCACAAUGCAAUCCUCAACAUUGGUUGCAUUCUAACGUGCCAAGUGGUCAGCAAAACCAUUCAAACCAUCUUCACCGGAAGGCCAAAAACCUACCUCAUCAUCCUCAGUCAUCUUUGGAUUGGGAAGAUUUUCUUCUUCUACCAAGGAAAUUCCAACAGUUUGGCUUCAAUUGAUCUCAAUGCUGGCUAUGUUGGUCUCAAAUCAUUUAACAUGCCAAUUGUGGGCUUUUUCCUCACACUGAACACCUUCAGUGGACCCCUACUCGCCCUCCUAGUCAUGCUCUAUCAUCUCCAGGGCGAUCAAAAUGACCGAAAAGUCCAAUCACAGACAUUCCUGCAAACCUCAACGCUCUUCCUGAUUUUCCCUCUGAGUGUCUAUCUGGCCAUUGCUACGGGAUUCCGCAAUCAUCUUUUCGUGUGGACGGUAUUCUCGCCCAAACUUCUCUAUGAGACCUUCAAUUUUGGCCUCUUCCAUGUGAUCUACAGUGUUUUGGGUGUGACAUGGUGUCACAAAUCGUGAAGAUAUGCGGAGAAAGUUGAUGAUGGGAAAGCGCCCCGAGAAGCGCAGAAGAAAUGAGGAGUGACUUCUUCGCCAAGUUAUUUGUUCCAGUGUGCAAUUUUGUCCAACGUUUUGUUUUUAACUCAGGUAAGAGACAAAUUACCAUUGCAUUUUUAACCCUCACUUACCUUGCUCGGAUUUUUUUUGAAUCACAUUGAGCCUAUUGAGCAUAUGCAUCAUGUGAAUUCUGGGUUUCGAAGUCUCCAAGCUUUAGUUAAAAUAUUGCAUUUUUUUUUUCUUUUUCACAAGAAAAUUCUAUUCUAUGAACUAUUAGAGCCAAAUAGUCUGCUUCCGAACAAGAAAUGGUGUCUAAUAAAUAUUAAACAUCUUAAUCUUGAAGCAUGACUAGAAGUUUAGGACCAAAAAUGCCUUCGGGAAUCGUAUAUUCUUAAUUUUAGCAUAUAUCAGGUAAUGUUUUUUGUAAUAAAAAUACUUAAAAAGAA